AUCGAUUGUCAUGGUUUUGGCUGCUGGCAUUCUUUCGUGGCAAUUAUUUUAAAAUAUUAAAAUACACAAAUAUAUUAAGAAUUCGAGCACGCAAUGCACGAGCCAGCGAGAAAGCCAUCCGUAGCUGGUGGGUCGAGCACGGCAGAGAAGCUGUGCUUUGAUAAAAAUGAGUUUAUGAAGGAGAAUUUCUCCGUCGACGAGUUUCUGCACAAGAAUCGCAAUGCGCCCAGCUUGGAGCAGUUGCGCGAUAAUCUUGGUCUAUACUUGAAGGGUCUUCGCGCUGCGAUGAUAGAUCUGAUUAACGAAGACUACGCGGAUUUUGUCAAUCUGAGUGCAAAUCUGGUGGGUCUGGAUCAGUCCAUAGAAACAAUACAACGACCGCUGGAGCAGUUUCGUGGUGAAAUUGAGAGCAUACAUAGCCUGAUUGAGGAGCAGGUGCUGGAAUUGCGUGAUCAGCUGCAGGAGAAGCGUCUAUUACGGGAAUACCACAGCAGUUUCAAUAGCAAGAAUCGCGUCUACGAGAUCAUCGGGAAACUACAGGAGUUGAUCUCUAAUAAGCUUAGCAGCGAGCAGGAACAGUCCACACAGGCUGUGGACUUGGAGCGGGCCGCGCUCGAUUUGAUAUUCUUGCGGUUUCACGAGAAAAACUGUGUGGCUCUCUUAGACAACGAUGACAAGGCCAAAAUUCAGAAGCUGGAGGAGCAAGUGCAUCAGAAAUUACGUCGUUUCUUCAACGAUGCACUGCAGCAGGCUCGCAAUGCACAGGCCUCUGAGCAAUUGGAGCGCUGUCUGCGCAUCUAUAUUACACUGGACGCCUGCGAGCAAGCGGAGCGCGCAUUUCGCGAAGAUGUCGUUGCUCCUUACAUGAGUAGCAUCAUUGGCGAACAGCAGCUGCAGAAUUCGCCACAGGGUCUGGCUGGCAUUUAUAGCAAGAUACUGAAUUUCAUAUCGCUGCACAUGACAGAUCUGCUGCGUCUCACGCUCUACUCAGACAAGCUGAGCGGUUUCAAUUUUGUGGUGAACAGCUUUUGGGCGGAUGUGGAGAUGCGUCUGGAGCUGCAUAUGAAUUCAAUUUAUGCACCCGGCAAUCUGGAGGUGUUCUAUGUAAAAUACAAAUGCACCCGGGACUUUCUGGGUAAGAUCGAAGAGCUUCUCACCAGCAGUGGAGAACAGGCAGUCGCCUUCUAUCGCCAGCACAAGCAAACAAAAAGCUUCGAGGCACGCUGGAAUCUGCCAGUCUACUUUCAAAUAUGUUUUCAGGAAAUCGCUGGCGCCUUCGAAGCCCAACUGGAGCCACUGCUUAAGGAUGAUACGCUGAAUGCGAAUCCGGAAUUGAACAACUAUCAGUUGGCGCCUUUUAAUGCCGCCAAGCAGGCGCUGACACGCUGCUGGGCCGAGGGCGUCUAUUUGCCCGAAGUCUUUCCCAAAUUCUAUAAGCUUAAUGUGCAAAUUGUUUUGCGCUUAUCACGUUGGAUCACGGACGCUAUCGGUGCAUCCAAGAGCAGCAGCACCAGCUUCACCAAGUCCUAUACGCGCAAUCAAUUGCUAAUUGCUCUGCAUGCGGACACCAGGAAGCUGGAAGCAUAUUUGCCAGAGCUGCAGCAGCUCAUCGUCAAAGCUGCACCCAAGACGAAGAAUCUGGUUUUAUUCAAUAAUGUUUUGAGCAAAUCCAUUGCUCAUUUGGGCGAUACUUUAGACAUGCAUUUGGGCAGCAUACAGGAGACGCUGAAGCAGCUGCUCAUCACCGAAUGCGGCACGGAGAAUGUGCGUCAAGUGAACGAUUUGCCGCGUUUGUAUCGCAAAACGAAUCGUGAGGUGCCCACACGCUGCUCCGGCUAUGUGGAGCAAAUGCUGCGACCAAUCAAGUCAUUUACGGCACAGCACGAGACGCAGCUGGGCACGCUGGUGGUGCAGCAGAUUCUCGCCGAUGUGUGCAGCAAUAUAACCAAGGCGUAUUUCAAUGUGGUCAGCGAUGUGUUGACUUCUGUGCAGAAAACCGAGGAAUCAUUGCGUCGGCUGCGCAAUCUGAAAAGUGGUGCUGCAACCCAUACGCCAUCCAGUGGCGUCUCCGAUGAUGAUAAGAUACGUCUACAACUGCGCGUCGAUGUCGCCGCCUGGACACAGGAGCUGUCCAAGCUCAAUUUCCAGUCCACGCAAAUCGAUAAGCUGUUGGAGUUGACCAACAUGGUGGAGGAGAGUAUUAAGCAAAAGGAGGGCGUUGCUUUGGCCAGUUAAAGUUAAACACAAAUGUAUUUAAAAUAUAUAUAUACAUUUUUCAAUUUAUUAUUAA